GGAUUAUUUAACAAAAAAAAUAUGAUAGGCUUUUGCAUCUCUGUUACUCCCAACACAAACACAAAAAUCACUGUACUACUUAUUUAAUAGAGUGAGGUGUAUAUAUAUAUAUAUACAAGUGUAAACUGGUCCUCUAUAUAUUUUGUCUCUAAGCUGUUUGAUAUUUCUAGGAUAUUGUAAAAUAUUAUUCAAAUUUGAAUACCCCUUUUUGAUUCCUUAUAUGCACUAUUCUCUCAUUUCUCUUUGACUGCCUCGACGCCAACAAAAACCUCAUUUGACUACAAAUUUAUUUUCCCUCCUCCUUUUCCCUUAAACCCUUUAAAACCCCAAAUCUCCACUCUCUUUCAGGCAUUUUAUCGAACAGUUUUGUUCGUGAUGAAUAGAGAGGGUAAUAAUAGUAUAGACACUGAUGCCACUUCUAUUAAGGUCAGUUUUCAGGAAUUUAGUAUUAGUAAUGCCAAUAGUACUAGCAUUGAACUUUGUAGUACUAGUUUUACUCUGUCUGAGAAUAAUAGUGUAGGGAGUAAGGUGGAUUCUAUGAAUCUUGAAGUUGAUAAAGCAGUGGAAUUCGUUGAAAGUGAUGACAGUAGUUUUAGUUCAGUUAGUUAUUGUAACAAUGCUGAUCCGAAUGAGGCUAGUUUUCGGGGGAUUUGUCCAUCGAAACCUCAUAAGGGUAACGAUAUUCGGUGGGAUGCAAUACAAUGUGUGAAAGGGAAAGAUGGGGAGUUGGGUUUGGCACAUUUUAGGCUUUUGAAGAAGCUGGGAUUUGGCGAUAUUGGGAGUGUUUAUUUAGCGGAGUUGAGAGGGAUGGGGUGCUUGUUUGCAAUGAAAGUUAUGGAUAAAGGGAUGUUAGCUGGGAGGAAGAAGGUAAUGAGAGCUCAAACUGAGAGGGAAAUAUUGGUUUUGUUGGACCAUCCUUUCCUUCCUACCCUUUAUUCACAUUUUGAAACGGAGAAGUUUUCGUGCUUGCUGAUGGAGUUUUGCAGUGGCGGAGAUCUUCAUUUGCUCAGACAGCGUCAGCCGGGGAAGCAUUUUUCAGAACAAGCAGCAAGGUUUUAUGCAUCAGAGGUGUUGCUUGCCCUUGAGUAUUUACACAUGAUGGGAGUUGUAUACAGAGAUUUAAAGCCUGAGAAUGUGUUGGUCAGGGAAGACGGACAUAUAAUGUUGUCGGAUUUUGAUUUAUCGUUGAGAUGUUGUGUCAAUCCUACCCUUGUAAAAUCUAGCGAUGAACCUUCUUGUGCUAUAUCUGCAUAUUGUAUCCAGCCAUCAUGCAUUGAUCCAGCAUGCAAAUUACCUGUUUGUGUAGAGCCUUCUUGCUUUCAACCUUCGUGCUUUAAGCCUCGCCUCUUCAACCAUAAAACAACCAAAACAAAGGGUGAUCGUGCAACCUUGGUUUCUUCUGAUUCACUUCCCAUGCUGGUUGCAGAGCCAACUGCAGCUCGGUCCAUGUCCUUUGUUGGAACCCAUGAAUAUUUAGCCCCAGAAAUAAUUAGAGGAGAUGGUCAUGGUAGUGCUGUUGAUUGGUGGACAUUUGGGAUUUUUCUGUACGAGUUGCUUCAUGGGAAGACACCGUUUAAAGGCAAUGGAAAUAGAGAGACAUUGUUUAACGUUGUUGGUCAACCUCUAAAAUUUCCCGAGGGAUCCACCAUUAGUUUUGCUGCAAAGGAUUUGAUCCGAGGUCUACUUGUGAAGGAUCCACAAAAAAGACUAGGAUUCAAACGAGGUGCUACGGAGAUAAAACAGCAUCCUUUCUUUGAAAACGUUAACUGGGCUCUCAUCCGAAGCACUCAUCCUCCAGAGAUCCCUAAACCGGUCGAUCUCACAUUUUUUAAGCAAUCGUCUAAGUCAUCGUCUUAUGCAAACGAGAAAGCUGCUUCUGAUUCGGAUAGGUCAUCUGGUCCUUAUUUAGAUUUUGAAUUUUUCUGAAUAAAUUUUUGGAGGGUGAUUUGUAGGUGUCACUUUUGAUGUUCAUUUUGGUCCAAAAGAAAUUUAUUUUCACUUUACAAUUAUCUCUUAGUUAUUACAAGCCAGAAUAUUAUAC